AUGUCUGCCAACUUUUUGUUCAACGCUGCCUGGUUGAUUCUAUGGGACCGGGAGCUGAUUCACGCUGCAUCUGGGUGCUUGUGGGCAAUGACAAUCUGUUCACUGGCUGCAGCUAGUUUCAAUUAUCUCAGGGUGUACAAGCAAGGCUUCGACCUGAAUCUCUACAAGCCCAGUGAGUUGUGGCUCAACAGACUGCUGGUGCAAAACGGGCUCGAGGUGUACGUGACCUGGACCCUCAUCGCAUCCUUUGUCAACUCCGUGGUAGCUGUGCAAUAUCCACCCCAAGGUUACACGGCUGCUGACCCUAAAAUGGCCGCUCUCAUCGCUCUUGCGGUUCUGGCUGGGCUCUUUGUGCUCUGGUUCCCGUUUGAGAUUUCCGUGUUUGACAAGUAUUGCCGCUACGCCGUGACGCAAUAUGCGGUUAUUCCAUUCGCAAUGGGCGGCAUCUAUGCGAGGAAGGACACAAUCAACAUCCCAGAAAUCGAGUACCUCGUCCUGGCAUUCGGAAUCGCUGGUCUAGCCAUGCUGUUGAUCAAGUUGUUCCUCUUGGUUUACAGGAGCAAGCACAAUCCACUCUUUCCACCCAUCAGAGGCUGAUUAUAUUAAUUAUCAUGAUUUUUAUGUUAGUACAGUAUCUUCUCGUCACGUUCUUUUUUUUUUUUAAAGUAAGACCUGGUAUUUUCUGUGGACGUGGCAGGGGGACGGAAAGGCUUUUGAGACGCACCAGUGUUUUAUUUACAUGACUUGUUGUUGAAUGUUUCAUGUGUACGAUAACGAUUUCACGGGGACGCUUGACUGAUUUGCUGCUAAUUAUAUAUUCGCCUGGUUAUGCUUUCUAAUACUACCGUAUUUACUAGAUUACCACGCCCCCUCAAGCAAGGCGCGCACAGGGGUUUUUCAGUUGGAAAUUUUUCUAAAAUCUUAUCCCCAAGUAAGACGCGCACCCCAAUUUUCAGUGAAUCUGAAACCACAAAAUUUCGAAAAUAAAAACAAAGAAUUGACUUUAGACAUGAAUUCAACAAAAAUCUGAUCAAUUUUCAACUGUUUCAGUACAAAAUAGUUUUUUUGUUACAUUUGUUCCAAAUUUCUCCAUUAUCAUCAAGUAUAAUGCACACAUAACUUCCUAAAACUUCUUGGAAAAUUUGUACCCACUUAUGACGCGCACCCCUUUAUUUUCUUCUGAAAUUCGAGAAAAAAGGUGCACAUGGUUUUUGAGUAAAUAUGGUAUAUAAUGAGCGUUUUGCAAAAUUUUUCAAGUGUACAAUUCGGGAAGCUGUGUUGAAAGAGUCAUGUUUUCUAGGUCAGGGCUUUUCAAUUAAUUUGUGUGUGUGUGUUUGAGGAUUUGACAUCUUCAAGAAAUGCCAUCAGUGUUGAGAUCAAAUGUCUUUUGGGGCGUCACGACGUUGCCUGGUUUUAGUACAACAUGUGUGAGAAGUGAUUUCUCUGGCUAUAUGUGGGAUUUUUACUGUGAUUUUGAAGCAUUUUUCUUUUCUUCUUGAGUUAAAGCUGCACAAGUUGUUUAUUAAUUAAUAUUAAAGAUUUUGCAAUGCUGGUGAAAUUUCGUUUUAACGAAUUAUUCACAUGACGAAUUUUCUUGAAUUUAUUGCAAAAAAUCGAUUCUUGGGGAGGGUUUUUAAUUUUUCCGCUCGAAAUCAAUGAAAUUUUAAAUGUUGCCCUCAAUUUCUCUUUUUUUUUCUUCUAGGGGAGCAAUUCUGAAUGAAUUUUCGCAGCAAUAAAAUUUUCUGCUGAAAAUAACCUCAGAUUACGUCAACUAUAAGAACUGAAAAUACGGCCAGAAGAAAUUCGGUGUAAAGAAAUUAAUUGCUGAUUUUUAUUUUGUCUAAUUUCGCAUUUUAUAGUACAAUAAUUUUAUGACGAGAUUUUAAGCGUAUCUGGAAGUUCGUUAUUAGUGUGUAGAAAUGUAUCAGAUGUGAUUGAGAAGCCCUGGUCUAGGUUACCCGAGGAUAACUUUUCAAGGGAAUCACAUUUUCUUUUCUCAACUU